AUGUCCCAGGACGUAUCCCAACCCUCAACGCGACCGCCGCUCACCUAUUCCGAGUGCAUCUACGCCUUCCCCACCUGCCAAUGGGACGGAUUCAAAUUCCCCUACCCACCCGUGCCGAACCGUGACAUCACACGCAAAGCCCUGUGGGCAAUGCGCGCCGCCAGCGAACGCUGGACAGUAGCGAUCAGCCGGCGGAGUACGGUCGGCCUUGACAAGGUUGACUUCGGUGUCGCUGUUUUCGCAAAAGCGUUGGAAGUAGAACGAUGUGCUCGUCUCCACUGGCGGGCCAAGGGGAAGGUGAUCAGAGACACCGCAGCAUGGCUCGAACUCACAGACGGGAUCAUCGACUGGUCUUUGGAUCAGGCUGUACGGAAAAUGAAACCCCGCUUCCCUACCCAAGAGUUUGCACGGUUCGAGACAGAAGAAGUGCGCAGGGUAGCUCGCCAGUUCGUUCGAAACUCACUCAACUGGCAAUGGAGUCGUGGCACGCACAGUAUGGACCAAAGUCCUCCUUUGUUGCACAUCGAGGAAGGCGUUUGGUUCGAUCGAUACAUGCCCGAUCUCAAAGACAUUCCACCGCGCGCUUUCACCCGCAUUGGGACGGACUCAGUGGAGAGUGACCGGGAUGAGCCUCCACAGACGCUGUGGAUCGACUACACUGGGAGGGAAGUCGCGCCUCCCAAGGUGCGGCGGGAGUUGCCUCACGACAGACCUUGGGGUCCUGGUUUUGAACUUGAAGCGGAGAGCCCGUCAUGCCGUAGGGGGUCGUCUCGAAACGGUUGA